GGGUUGAAAAAAAAAAUCGCUUGGCUAAAUAUGUGGUUGUCUAGUGGAGAGAAGGCGCUCCCACUGUUGGCUGGUAGUGGCUUCAAGUUGAGCACUUGUGAGUCCCGCAGCAGAACCAUUGGUGCGUAAUGGCGCACGACUGGACGGCAGAUGUUUCACCACCGGGACACUCUGUCUCUGCACACUUUAUCUGAACUCUUCCGACUUUUUUUCCUCUUCUCCUCAGUGUAGGCGUGCGUUAACUUGCUCUACGGCUUUUUAAAAAGUUAUCUGAGGAAGGAAAAGUAGAAGAAGAAGAAGGAAAAAAAAAAUUGGGCUACCUCUUCAAACCGUCCCGGUUUUUACCGGGGAGUUGUCGUCAUCAGCACCCCAGAUACCCCCCACCCCCAGCUCCCUAAAUGGAUGGGGCAGUCUCGGUCUAUGCAGUUCAGCACAGGCCAAAAGAUUGGAAACAACUUGUGAAUAUCCGUCAGUUUGGCGUCUAGAGGGAAACGCUCAGAAAUGCCCGGCUGCCUCGCUGGAGCUCAACUUUGAGGACUUUUCUCCUGCAUUUGUGCGUUUUUUUCAGGAGGAAGGACUCUGCUCAAAGUUUACAACAGAAAGGAAAACUCAACGCUGAAGUGGCAGCUCUCACACUAUAGCCUCGCUAUGGAUUGUAUGUAUUUAUUCAUGUGCUUUUCACUCAGUCAAGUAUUUUUGGAUCAUAUUGUCGCUGCAGAAACACAUGAAAAACUCUCUGGAAAGUUAAGUGAAUAUGGUCUUAUCGUGCCAUUCAGCACAGACUCCCAUGGCCGGUACAUUUCUCACGUGGUCUCUGCUGGAAGUGGAAGUAAAGGUGCUGCUGCUGCUGCCGAUGCCGCCUCAGCCCUUGGCAGCAGAAGAAGGGUGGCCCGCGGUGCCCCCGAGUUGCCCUCGGUCACCUCUGCCUCGGCUCAGCACUUGUUUUUCAAUGUCACUGUGUUUGGGAAAGAACUGCACCUCCGCUUGAGAGCCAACAGGAGGCUGGUGGCCCCAGGGGCUUUUGUGGAAUGGCAGGAGGACUUUGAGGAAAAGGCCAAGGAACGCAUCUACGGGAACUGUGUUUUCACUGGGGAUGUGACUGACAUGCCGGAGGCCUCUGUGGCUAUCAGCAACUGUGAUGGACUGUCAGGUCUGAUCCGGACUGAUAAUGGGGAGUUUUUCAUUGAGCCCCUCGAGAAGGGCCAACAGGACGUGGAAGUGAAGGGGCGUGUCCACGUGGUCUACCGCAGGUCAGCCAUCAAGCGGGAAACGGGCCAGCGCAGGGAGGACCUCCACAAUGAAGUGGCAGACUUCGGGAUCGCAGACCUCCCAGCGGCUCUGGAUCUCGUCGAACAUAAACUGUCUGAGUCUGAGCGCAAACGGAGGCACGCAAAGAAAGACGACUAUAACAUCGAGGUGCUCCUCGCUGUGGACGAUUCAGUGGUGCGCUUCCAUGGCAAGGAGCAUGUGCAGAAUUAUGUUCUCACGCUCAUGAACAUAGUUGAUGAAAUCUACCAUGAUGAAUCUUUGGGAACCAACAUCAACAUUGUCCUUGUCCGCAUGAUAAUGGUCGGGUAUCGACAGUCUAUAAGCCUGAUCGAGCGUGGCAACCCAUCCCGCAGCCUGGAGCAGGUGUGUCGGUGGGCCAACACGCAGCAGCGUCGUGACCCCGACCACGCCGAAUACCACGACCACGCCAUCUUCCUCACAAGGCAAGAUUUUGGUCCCGCAGGUAUGCAAGGUUACGCUCCAGUGACUGGGAUGUGCCACCCACUGAGAAGCUGCACUCUGAACCAUGAGGACGGCUUCUCCUCCGCCUUUGUGGUUGCUCAUGAAACCGGCCAUGUGUUAGGAAUGGAGCAUGACGGCCAGGGGAAUCGCUGCGCUGAUGAGACCAGUAUGGGCAGCAUCAUGGCACCCCUUGUCCAAGCAGCUUUCCAUCGCUAUCACUGGUCACGUUGCAGCAAGCAGGAGCUCAAUCGAUAUAUCCACUCAUAUGACUGCCUGUUGGAUGAUCCCUUUGAACACAAGUGGCCCAAACUUCCCGAGCUACCUGGAAUAAAUUAUUCCAUGGACGAGCAGUGCCGCUUUGAUUUUGGUGUUGGUUAUAAAAUGUGCACUGCUUUUCGAACCUACGACCCCUGCAAGCAACUGUGGUGCAGUCACCCUGACAACCAGUACUUCUGUAAGACCAAAAAAGGUCCUCCGGUGGAUGGAACAGAGUGUGCACCAGGAAAGUGGUGCUUCAAGGGCCAUUGCAUCUGGAGAUCCAGCCAGCAGCCUCAGGGUCAUGAUGGGAGUUGGGGCUCAUGGUCAAAGUUUGGCUCUUGCUCCAGAACGUGUGGAGGUGGAAUUCGUUCCCGCAAUAGACAGUGCAACAACCCACCGCCUGCCUAUGGUGGUCGAGAUUGCCCCGGGUCUGCUUUUGACUACCAGAUGUGCAACACAGAGGAGUGUGCAGGUCCUUAUGAGGACUUCCGUGCUCAGCAGUGCGUCCAGAGGAGCAACAAAUACCACAACAACAUCAAGCACACCUGGCUACCGUAUGAGCAUCCAGAUGAGGGCCGUAAGUGUGAGCUGAGCUGUAAGUCAAAGGAAACAGGGGAGGUGGUUUUCAUGAACCAGGUGAUGCAUGAUGGGACCCGCUGCAGCUACACAGACCCCUUCAGUGUGUGCGCUCGAGGAGAGUGUCUGCAUGUGGGCUGCGACAAGGAGGUCGGUUCAUACAAGCAAGAGGACAAAUGCGGAGUGUGCGAGGGGGACAACUCCCACUGUCGCACCGUGAAGCUCACUCUCACCAAGACGCCCAAAAAGAACGGGAUGCUGAAAAUGUUCGACAUCCCAAUAGGAGCUCGCCACAUUGUUAUCGAAGAGAACGAGACCUCCCCUCAUAUAAUUGCUGUGAAGAAUCAAGUUACUGGAAACUUCAUAUUGAAUGCAAAAAGUGAAGAAGCUGAGUCAAAGACCUUCAUCGAAAACGGUUUACAGUGGGAGUAUUCUAUCGAUGGUGAGAAGGAGACGCUAAAAACACCUGGUCCUCUGCACGAAGGCAUUGUAGUGCUGGUCGUUCCCCAGGAAGAAGACGCAAAGAUCAGCUUAACAUAUAAGUAUAUUAUACAUGAGGACCUGUUACCGCUCAUUACCAACAACAAUGUGCUUCUGGCUGAACUGGACACUUAUGAGUGGGCAUUGAAGAGCUGGUCUCAGUGCUCUAAACCCUGUGGGGGAGGCAUACAGUACACAAAAUAUGGAUGCAGGAGGAAAAGUGACAGCCGUUUAGUGCAUCGCAACUUUUGUGAAACUAGCAAAAAGCCUAAACCCAUCCGCAAACGCUGCAAUGUUCAAGAGUGCAGCCAACCUUUGUGGGUGAUGGAAGAGUGGAGUCCCUGUAGUAAGACGUGCGGGAAGCUCGGCUACCAGACCAGGGUGGUGCAAUGCAUGCAGGCGCUCCACAAUGGCACCAACAGGCCCGUCCACAGCAAACACUGCACCGAGGAUCGUCCGGAGACGAGGAGAGCCUGUAACCACACCACAUGCCCUGCCCAGUGGAGGACAGGGGCGUGGUCUCAGUGCUCGGUGACCUGUGGCGAAGGGAUUCAGCAAAGGCAGGUGGUUUGCAAGGAAAGCGACAACACCAUUGGAGAGUGUGAGGGCAAGAAGCCGGAAACAGUCCUCAUUUGCAAACUAAGUUCUUGUCCAGGACAGCCAGUGUCUUCUCUCACCAUUGAAACCAUGGAAAAUUCUACAAUAACAGAUGAAGCUGUACAACAAAGGGUUCCUGAAAACCCUGUCCUCAAAAUCUCUUCAAAUGAGCCAUGCCUGAGGGAUAAAUCGAUUUUCUGUCAAAUGGAGGUUCUUGCCCGUUAUUGUUCCAUCCCUGGAUAUAAUAAGCUUUGUUGUGAGUCUUGCAACAAGAAAGAAAGCCUUGCCACACAUGCUCCUGACCUCCCAAACACCCCAGAGGCCUCGGUUGAACCUGAGACCUCUGUUUCUUCUCACUCUGCAUCACCCAAGGUUCCUCUACCCACUACGACCCAGAACCCACCACAAACCACUAAAGCCAUCAGCAGACGACCUCGCUCCACUGCCCAGGCGCCAACCACCGCCGCUGCUGAAGCCUCGGCAUCCACGGGUGCUGCUCUGCCCCAGGGUCCCACCGCCGACUCAGACCCAGGGCCUCUUCUACCUCCAGGGCCGCCACGGCCAACAGCAGACUCCAGUGGAGAUGCCUCUAAAGAGCACAGUCCAAACAGCACUUUAGGCCCAGUCGCUGCCAGGUCAAGAAGGGACAAUUUAGGAUCCGAGAGGGACUCAAGUCACAGAACCCUGUCAGCUCAGAAAUGAACAGUGAGCGAUGUUGUGAUCGUGCUGCUUUGUGAGACGGUCUCAUACAUCAGCUCAUCCAUUGCAGCGUCUGAUAGACUCGCAGUCAUGCUGCAGAUAUUACUUUCUUUUUUACAAAGAUUUUUUUUUUCCAUGCCAGUGAACUUAGACCAGACCAGUGAUGGUUACCUCAUCAAAACUCCAGAGCGACGCUGCAUCGCUCUGUCCUCUGUGCUUCAAAGAAGAAACGGAAGAAAAAAUGUUGUCAAAACGAAGGUGCUGUAAACUAAAACGACUACAAGACGUGUUCAAAAUGUGAUGACUGCAUUGCUACAUUCAUGUUUUUAUCUGUGUACAGUUGUGUAAGCCUGUUUUUUUUUAAGUGCAUUAGAACUACUAUUGAACUUGUAUUGUGAACAUGUGAGAAGAGGUCAAAGUCCAUGAUUUUGGAGGUGCAUGUGUCAGCUGUGGAGUCUAGAGUGUGCCAACAGGAUAAUUAUAGACUUUUAUAAUAAAAAAAAAAGCUGUUAUGUAUUAUGAGUUAUGAUUUUGAAUUGGAUUUAAAAUUUCAUUUCUUCUUAUUCCUUUUCUAAUGUGCCUGUUACAUUUCAUCUAACAGUUCGUUGUCUCCUUUAGCUUCAUAGCUAAUGCACAGAUAUGAGGAUAUAACUCUCUGCAAGACAGCCAAUAAGCUUCAAACUAUUCCUUAGGUGAUCAUUUUAUCUUUUUUUUUACUUUUCUGUGUUUAAUGCAUCAGUUAAAUGCAAAUAUAAUUAAUAAAUUUACAUUGGUGAUUUUAGAAUUUAUAAGUUUAUUAAUGGAUUAGAACUAAAGACCAGUAAGUCAAUAAUUAUUCAAAUGGCACACCCCAGGACUCCAUAGUCAUUACUCCUGGCAGGGAGCUUCAUGGCUUCUCUGUCCCUGGUGCUUUUUUUUUUUGUUGUUGUUGUCCAAAUCCAACAUACUAGUGAUUCUCCUCACUGGUCAAGAAUCAUGAUUGUUUGCAAGCCAACCCCACUGUAGCAUGCCCUCAGUCUGCCUUUGUGGAAGUCAGUCACUUAUGCUUUAACAACAAAGAAACAAAAAAAAAAUGUAAGAAAAACACAUUAUGAUAUUUUUUGUAACUGAUAUAUUUUUCAGAUAAUAAUGUAUAUAGUGUAAAUUUCAAGUUAUGAAAAGAAAUUAACAAGCAAGAGUAGAACGGAAGGUAUGAUGCAAACUGGAAAAUACGGGCAACGCUGUAAGUCUACAGACUGUGGUUGGUCAUACUGUUACACCAUUCCUGCAUUGCAGUUCAUAACAUCAUUAUGUUUAUUGUAUAGUUCUUGUAUAUACGUACGUGAAUGAAAGCUUUAAAUGUUAAUAUUUAUUGAAUUUUUAAGUGGUAAGGAGAACAAAGUAAAACACGUUUAAAAGAACUGAGA